AUCGGUGACCUCCAACAGAAUAUUUUAUCUCUAGUCUCGUAACAACACACUUUCAGCAAAAGUUAUUGCAGGGUUAGUAGUCAUUUUGAAUGCUGUUUCGACUGACAUGUGGAUAAUUAAAAAAAAAGUUUGCCGGCGGACGGCCUCUUAGCACGUAGUUCGGUUUUCUGGCGAAGGCCCUCUUAAAAUCUAAGAAAAAUGCUUGGUCACUAUAAGUACGAUGUAUAAAACAGUUAUUGGCACCUUACUGUAAUCUUCAACUAUUCCACAUUAUUAUUAAUGCCACGAACAUACAUAAAGAAAGGCCGAGGGCCUAGUUAUUCCAAAGAUGAUUUUGAAGCUGCUAUUAGGGAAAUUUCCAAUGGUGGUGAUAUCCGUGCUGUCGGCAGAAAAUACAAUAUACCUUUUUCGACUUUACAGCUUCAUAACGCAUCACAAGCCGCCCAUCUUGGUGCCGGACGUUCAACACAUUUUACCGACAUUGAAGAGAUAUAUUUAGUCAAUGCUGUAACUGUUUUACAAGUAAGUUCAUUUUUUUUGCUAAAUAUUUGAAUUAAAAACUUCUUCUUUCGAAUAGGGAUGGGGCGAACCCAUAACACCGAAAGAAUUAGUUAAAAUUGCUACAUCUUAUGCAAAAGAACUUGGAAAAUAUAAAACAUUUAAAAAUGGACAACCCACGAUAUGAAGUUUGUUGAUUCAUGAAAUUAUAGCAGAUGUUUUAUUUUUCCAUUUCAUUCAGGCCCUACUGGCGCCGGUUAUAAUACGAGUGCCAAUGGAUGGAUGGAAGAUAAUGUAUUUUAUGAAUGGUUUAAGAACAUGUUUCUGCCACUAACCUCAACAACACCAAAACCAAUUUUGUUAAUACUAGAUGGACAUACUUCUCAUCGUCGUGUACGUACAACUGAAUUAGCUAUUAGCAAUGGUAUUGUUUUGUUAUGCAUUCCACCACAUUCAACUCACAUUUUCCAACCUCUCGACGUCACAUUUUUUAAACCAAUAAAACAAAAAUAUCGUGAGAUUUUAGCUGAAUAUUAUGCAGCAUCUGGAUAUGAAAAGGUAUCAAAAAGUAUUUUUCCAUCACUAUUAUUAAAAUUAUUUCAAUCAACGGCGAUUAAGAAAGUCAAUAUUAUUAAAGGUUUUAUUGCAACCGGAAUUUAUCCAUUAGAUAAAUCAGCCAUUCCUCCACAAAAAAUAUUAAAAUGUAAUCAGUUAAUUGAAGCUGAUAUUGCUGCUGCUGCUGCUGAACAAGAAACGGCUGACACAGAAGAUGAUGAAGAACCACACCGAACACCAAAGAAAAAAUCGACAAUAUCGGCAACAAUAGCUACGACACCUGUUCCAGAUUUAAAUACUAGUGAAUGGGAUAAAGAUACGUCGAUGUUGCUGAAUGAUAGUAGCAGUUUACUUCCACCACUCAAUACCAGUGUUUGGGAUCAUAAUGCUACUAUUCGUAUGGACUUAUCUAGAGCAUCGGAAUCUACAAUCGAAGUGGCCACAACAUCAUUACCUUCAUUGGGUCCUCGAGCAGCAAUUUGUAAUGCUCUUUUGUCCAUGCGUCCACCGGUCAUUGAACAGCCGCCAACCAAGAAGGUGGUUCUUGAUCGUCAAGCAGGACAACUUUUAACAUGUGAAGAAGCAUUACGUCAGAUGAGGGAGAAAGAAGAGCUAGCAGCCAAGAAGGUGAAGCCAGUUCAGAAAAGGACAUCAGUGAAACAAAAAAAGAAUUCCAAAGCAAAGAAAUUGUCCACAAUUGAAGAUGGUAUGUUAUGCUGCCUGAUAUCUUAG